AUGUAUAAUCUCCAUCAGGUGAGUGUUGGGGGUGCGGGUCAGAUUGAUUUCGAACAGGCGCCGUGCAUCUGCACUCAGUAUCAGCGGCCGUGGACCGUGGUCCGGCCGCGGGCGGAUCUGCGUAGACGCCUCGGCCGCCGCGCGAGCCACAGUCGCCUGCCCGCCGGCACGUUGUAUGCACGUGUAGUGCUAGUGCGACACUAUCACAAAUAUGAGCACCGUGUUGUGCUAAAUACACCUAAAGUUAUGGAUUUAUUUCAGCCCCAGAUCAUUAAAAUGACGAGG